AUUGACAUAGGCGUAUAUCGUUAACAUCCUGAUCGGAAAGCAUAAGUGAUACCGCUAUAUACUUCUUAAGUGUGGGGCUAGAGUCCGGGUCAUAAUAAUUUAUUUAAAUUGAAGAACAGCACGCAUUCAGCCACAAUUGUCUUUCCGAGAGGCUAAAUGAACUUCGAUCAACAUGAAUGCCAAAGGGAUUUCGAUCGCAUUUGUAUGCUUAGCAACACUACUGGUGACUGAAGCCGAUGGCAAAACAGGAUUGAAAGGCACAUUUACAUGGAAUAAGCGUUCGUGUAAGUGGAGAGAAGGAUUUGUUGGUACAUCCUUAAACAGGUUGCUAAGUAUUAACUGCAAGAAGAAGGGCAAUUUACCCAGCAUAACUUGCACGUACAGAGGCAAUCCACACCCUUGUAGAUGGUACAACCAAAAUCACCAGGCAAAUUUCUACGCGUGUCUGGCGAGAGUAUUGAGUGGAGACCAAGUGAACUUGUGUAACCCCGGAAUAGUCAAUUGCAAUACUAACUGCGAAGACGUAACAUUCGAGAAGGUCAGCGCCAACAGCUAUUACCAAGACUCGGAAGGAUCUGUUGAUGACUACUACAUCGACAAUUACUAGACAGAUAUGGGUCAAUGCUGUCAAACGGCCGUUAUGCUAAAUACAAUUCUAAAUUUAUCAUAGACUCUUAUUACGUGUAUAUCUAUAAAUAUAUACUACAUUCCUCUAUUUCACAAAAUUGAAAACGGCCAAUAAAUAAAUUUCUUUA